GGUAGGGUUUAUACACCGCUGCUAGUGUUUAGGGUUUAAAAAAUUUAGUACCCGGCUGAUUCUCCAGUCUCCAAAUAAUCUGCUUUAUUUCCAAUGGGCAAGAAGAAGAAAUUUAUCGACAAGAAGAAAUCAGCAACUUUCCAAUUACUUGCCCGCGACUCAUCAGAUCCCAGUUACGCCGAAACACCGGGCGGUGACCGGAUAUUCGUCCGAGUAGACAAUAAUCCCUAUUCUGUCGACACCUUCUUCGACGGAGAUAACCCUGACGGUAUCUCCGCUAAUGUUCACGACGAUGAAGAUUUUAAUUCCAUCUUCGCCGAUGCGCCUGACGAUCCCGAUGACGGUGGAGAUGGUAAUGGUAGAGUUUUUAGCAGUUCGAUCAAAUUUGGAGGGGGAUGUGGUGAAGCUUCCGUGUCGGAGUCUGGGCCUUUGCCUGAGCAUGUGAGGAAGGAAAUUCUAGAGCUAGGUUUUCCUGAUGAUGGCUAUAAUUAUUUGCUUCAUUUAAGGGAGAUUAAGAACACUGGUGGUGGCUCUUAUUUUUAUCAAAAUCCCAAAGCUACUCCUGAUCAGCUUCCUCGCGAUGUCAAGGCAUAUGAUGCUUCGAAAGUGCGAGUAUCCGAGGUGAAAAGUGAUGAUACCAAUGAUAAGUCGAUUUAUAAUGUGGCCUCUAGGACUGUUGGCGUCAGGAUACAGAAAGUAUUGGAUCCUGAAGUGGCUGCAUUACUUGAUGACAGUGAUUUAUCGCGGUUUGGUUCUGAUAUUGAGGACUUGGAGGAGGAUUUUGUUGUUCGUGCAAAUCUUCCUGACGAAGGGGCUGAUUUGGAUAUUGAUAAGAAGUUGAAUUUAGUUGAUGAAUCCAAUGAUUAUGUGGCUUCUGGCAAUCAAGAAAUCGCAGUGGAUAAUGGCAAUGUAGAGAAAGAAGAAGAAGUAGGUAAUGAUUUUGCUGGUGAGAAGCCGCGAGUUCGCCGUCUUCUGGAUGAGCAAUUUGAUUUGCUUGAACGUCAAGAAUAUGGCACAGAUGAUGAAGAUGAUGAAUAUGGUGGUUAUAUCGCUGAAGAAGAUGAAACUCUCGCUAAUAAGCUCAACCACGUCCUCCAUAAUGCCCGUGCAAUGGAUGACUUGGAAUUUGGUGAUAAAUAUGAAGUUCCUGCAGAUUUAUUGCAUGACAAUGAGAGGCCAAUAACUAAAGAAAUAAUGGACUCAGCAGCUGAUGUCAUUCGACGUUGUGUAGAAUAUGCAGAUAAGUAUGAAAAUGAGGAUGAAAAUGAAGAUGUCAUCAUUGUACAGGAAAGUAGUGAAGAUGAUUCUGAACAAUGGGAUUGUGAGACUAUCAUUUCCACAUAUUCAAAUCUUGAUAACCACCCUGCUAAAAUUGAAGCUCCUGGAGCUGCUAGAAAAAAGAAGAUAGCUGAAACUGUCUCUGGAACCUUGAAUGCAACCAGUCACAUGAUAACCCUUCGAGGAAAGGAGAAGCUUCCCAUAGACUUCUUGCCUCGUGGUAGAAAAUCGGAUGUGGAAAAAGUGAAGGGUGUGCCUGGCAUAAAAACUGAGCCUCUGAAGAGGAAGCAACACGGCCAGGAGUCAAAGGAGGAGAAGAAAGAGCGAAAGGCUGCUGUGAAGGAGGAAAGGCGUGAAGCUAGACAUGCGAAGAAAGAAAUGAAGGGGCUCUACCGAGAUGAAGCACAACGUGCUCAGAGAGUUGCUGCCAUAGCUGGUCCAUCUUCAAUUCGACUUUUGUAAUUUGGCAUCAGAUUGUUGCUUAAGCAAUAUGGUCUUCUAGGAGGAUUCUCAUUUUUUGCAAAGCCAAGCCGAGGAAAGCACUUUAAGCAUCCUUUUUUUUUUUUAUGAGAAAGUAUGCCAAAUGAUUGAUUCAUCCCUGAAUUCCAGGUGGAGCAGAGUUAUUGUCAAUUGAUUUGAGUUAUACAGAUUUUGCUGUUUUGUUGUUGGAAUGCUAUAUAUAGGUUGUAAAGCACAGUGAAGUCUGAAGCUUAUGGCUAUCUUGGUUGAAACGUGCAUAAAUUGAACUUGUCUCCACUUAUUUAAA